AUGGUUCCAGCAAUAGAAUUAGAACAAAGAUAUGAUGAGAUUGAGAAGAUGGAUCGUGACAAGAUCAAGUUAUUCUCAUUGCUCAAUUCAGUUGGUCAUUUGAAGUCAGAUUUGAUUAGAAUGUGUCAAGAGAUGGUAGAGACACUUAAAGAUCAACAAAAAGGGGUCGCUGUUGCAAAGGGAGGCGUAGCAGCUAUGGCAGGUGUUGGAGCUGGAAUGUCUGCUUCCCCUUUAUUUCCGCUUGGGUAUGGUCUGUUGAUUCUUAGUGGUGUUGGAGGUGCUGUAACGUCGGUGGUCGAUUUGGCUGUAGGUCAUACCAGAGUUUCAAAGGUGAACAAGGAAACAGAGAAAUUGAUCAAAGUUCAAGAAUCAAUCAACACAAUCUUGUUGGACAUGGUCAAUAUGUUUCUUUUACAAGUUUGUCACGAAGGUCCUAGUGAUAAGGAAAGAGCCGAGCUGUCAUACUAUCUUGUCAUGGUUUACCUUGCCAUGAAUCAAGGUGCAGCCACUCAAGUAUUCAAAAUGAUUCAAAAUGAAGUGUCAUUCAUCCCCAUCGACGAUCGAAAUAUUAAUGGAUUCAUUAACCAUAUUUACACUGCAAAUGACCAAACCUAUGUUGGUAUGAUUCAAAGUGCCAUCGGUGCCAUCUUGACAGGAUCAAAUAAUAAUGCAGAUGCCAUCAAAUCGUUUAGAAACGCAUCGGUCGAUCAAAUCAAGGAGAAUGCCUAUAUCAGGAUAUCGAUCAUUGUGGCCAUUGGUAGUAUCGUUGUUCCAACUGCCAGUACUGCCAUCAGAGUCGGUGUAGGAGCCGGUAUUAUGGCAGUCAAUGCCGCCAAAGCUAGUGGAAAGAUGGCUCUAUCGGUGGUUGGAAAAGUAUGUGUCAUUGCAUCACCAGUCAUUAGUUUGGUCGAUUUUAUAGUAUCAAUAUCAGGAGACAGUAGUUUUGUAAAAGCAAUCAAAAAAGUAGAUGAUUGGUGUAACCAAAUUUUAGAAUUCUAUUCUGCUCUACUAUUCAUUACUCCAUCCAAUAUCCACUGUAUUCCAAGAGUACUAAAAGUAAUCGAUAAUCAAAUCCAACUACUUGAUCAUCCAGUUUCAAUUGGAAUGUUUAGUAUGACCUCUAAGGGAUACCAAUUGUUAAAUCUUGGCACAACAACAUAUUAUUAUCACCCCCGUGAAAAAGUAUGCAUUACAACUGGUUUCGGAACUGUCACUUCUAUUCAACUAAAUACUGCAGAUGCAAUCCACGAAAAUCCAACCUCCAACCCCAAUCAUAUUAUUGUAUCAUGUAAUUCCUCAAAUAGAGAUAUAUUUAUUUCAUUAAAUGUUUAUCAAUGGAAAGGUCAAGCAGACAUUAAAGAAUUGAUCAAUAAUAAAAACAGAUCAUUGAUGAAUGCUCCAGAUACCACUUUAACAGUUGUACAACCAACAUUUAAAAGUUUGAUUAGAGUACCAUAUAUCAAAAGAAUAAUAUUCAAUCAAAUAACCGAGAUAUCAAUACAAGAGUUUAGAUCACAAAGAGGAACCCAAAACAAUGAUGAUGAUGAUCACGACGGGUUUGUUCGAGCAAAGAAAGGAAAGGAUAUUGUCAAGUUACCUCAUCUUGCAAUGAUCAGUAUUUAUGGUAUGCCAUGGAACUUUAUCAAACAUUAUCUACCAACAUGGUGUGCAACAAUUGACAACAAAGAGACUGUAUUAAAGAAAAGAAGAAUAUAUGUAAUCACUCGAUAUUGUUCACAUCCCAAUGCAACAUUGGAUACACUACAACAUCUAUUCGAAUGGUCACCAGAUUAUGAUCCUCAUCUUCUAUCAAAGAUACAUUUUAAAGAAUUAUCAAGAAAUGUUGCCAAGGUAGGAAAUAGAGAUGUAUUAGAACUACUUGUUAACAAGUAUCCACUUAUCAAUCUAAAAGGUGUUGUUGAAGUUGCUUCUAGAUAUGGACAUCUUUCAACAUUACAAUUAUUAAACACCGAUCAAUAUCGUAGAGCUAGUUGUGACGAGACUACAAUGGAUAUUGUUGCAAAGAAUGGUCGUUUAAAUAUUUUAAUGUAUUUGCAUUUUAAUAGAACUGAAGGUUGUUCAUACAUUGCGAUGGAUUUGGCAUCUGAAUUUGGUCAUUUAGAUAUUGUCAAGUUUCUCCAUUUUAAUAGAACAGAAGGAUGUUCGAUACAUGCUAUGGAUAAUGCAGCACGUAAUGGUCAUUAUGAAGUUGUAAAGUGGCUACAUGUCAAUAGAAGUGAAGGAUGUACGACUCGAGCAUUGGACUAUUCGGCAUCAUUGGAAAUCACUCAAUUCCUUCUUACCAAUCGCACUGAAGGGUGUACAAUAGAGGCAUUCGACAAUGCAACAUCAAGAGGACGGUUAGAUAUAAUUGAAUAUCUCCAUCAAAAUACAAGUAAAGAGUGUACAUCUACAAUGAGUUUGGCAAUUAUCAAUGGUCACAUUGAUAUUAUAAAGUUUUUGUAUCAAAUUAGAACCGAGGGAUUCUCAGACUCUUUAACUAUUGAUAGAGUUAAAAUGAAUGGUAAAUGUGAUACAAUUGGUAUUAUAAUAUUCCUUCUCUCUCAGAGCAGUAGAGUAGAGUUUUCAAAUUUGUUUUUACAAAGAGCAAUUCAAUCAGGUCGAUUGGAUAUUAUACAAUUUAUUCAUCAACAUUAUCCAACAUCUGAAAAAUGGUCUCAACUAAAAUCACUAGACUUGGCUUGCUAUUACAAUCAUUUUGAAAUGGUUAAAUGGAUACAUUUUAAUCGUGUAGAGGAUCGGUGUUCAACUGACUCAAUGGAUUCAGCUGCCAUGAAUAAUAAUAUGGAAAUGCUUCAAUUCCUUCAUCUUAAUAGAACAGAAGGAUGCACAACCGAUGCUAUGGAUCUAGCUUCAAUGAAAGGUCAUUUGAAAAUAAUAGAGUUUUUAAAUGACCAACGAAAAGGGUGCACAGUAAGAGCAAUUGAUGAAGCUGCUUCAAAUGGUUUCUUGGAUGUGGUAAAGUAUCUCCACAAGAAUCAGACUGGCGCUCAGCAAUGUACGUCUUCUGCUUUUAAAAUACCAAUUUUGUAUCCCCACUACGAUGUGAUUGAUUAUAUUCUUGACAACAAAUUAAUUUCAAUAUCAGAAAUUAAAAAUACUAUCAAAAGAUAUGCUGGUCAGGAGACAUAUUGGGAAACUGUUGAUUUGGUUAGUAGAUAUUAUAAUAAUAAUAAUAAUUAA